AUGACCUUGUUAGAAACGAUCGGAUUAGUUGCAUUAAUUUGUAUUGUCGGUCGACUUGGAUUGUUCAUUUAUCAACUUUUAUGUCCGGUGAAAGUCGACGUGAAGAAAUUUGGUCAAUGGGCUGUGGUUACUGGAAGUACAGAUGGAAUUGGUAAAGCGUAUGCAAUCGAAUUAGCUAAACGAGGUCUCAAUAUCGUUUUGAUUAGUCGAACCAAAGAAAAAUUAGAACAAGUCGCAAAGGAAAUUCAAGGCAAAUAUAACAAUGCUCAAGUGAAGACGAUUGCAUUUGAUUUUUCAAAAGAUGGAUCAAGUUAUUCAACAAUUCGCGAAGGUAUUAGAGGUUUAGACAUCGGUGUUUUGAUUAACAAUGUCGGAAUGUCUUAUGAAUAUCCGGAAACAUUUGAUAAGAUUGAAGAAAGCGAAAAAUUCGUUACGAAUAUGAUUCGUUGUAACGUCGAUUCUGUUGCCAAUCUUACUCAAAUGGUCUUGCCAGAUAUGAUCAAAAAACGAAGUGGUCUUAUUGUUAACGUUUCGAGCAUAUCUGGUCGUCGGCCAGCACCUUUAUUAGGUCUUUAUUCUGGUACCAAAGGAUUCAUCGAUCUUUUUUCCCGAUCGUUGGCUGCUGAAUGUGUUUCGCGUGGUGUCUAUGUUCAAUCAUUAUGUCCGGGUUACGUAGUCAGCAAAUUAUCUGGUAUUCGAAAAGCAUCACUCAUUGCACCAACACCCGAAAAGUUUGUCAUCAGUGCUCUUGACCGUGUCACAGUUCCAUUUACAACUGGAUAUUGGACACAUGAACUUCAAGAAUUCUUCAAUUCAUUAUUACCAGAAUUCGUUUCCAAUAAACUUAUCAUGCAUGUUUUGAGUGGCGUUCGGGCUAAAGCUUUGAAAAAACGCAGCAAGACACAAUAA